GAGCAGCUAUUGUGUCUCACUCAGGCCCAGGGAGUUGAGUGGAAGGGCCUGGGGGUCUGAGCUCUGACUGAACUGCCACUUCCCCAUUGGCUCCCAGCAGCCUGUGCUCUGCCAGCCAGCGCUGAGAGGGCUGAGCGACAGGGGGAGACUCUCAUCCAUAAAAGGGGGGAAAGGCUUGAGAACUGCCACUGGAAGGGGCUCUGGUAAGCCCUCACAGCUUCCUCUGUGACACUUCUCUGAGCUAGAGUCAGGGUGCCUCCUACAUCGUGGAUCGGCCACCCUACCACCUGAGCAGCCAGAAGCCCACCAGGGACAAAGGAGAGUACAGGUCAUCCAUCCCCAGGCUUUGAGAUCUGCGUGGGGGAAGCUCUUGAAGCAGCCACAGCGGGCAGAAGACUGAGACAGAAUGGCGUGGUCUGUGCUGAUGCUAACAGCUUGUCUCCUUGUGGUUGUACCCUCUAACGAUGCAGCGGACUGCCUGGCCCUGUGCUCCCUGUGUGCGGUGAGGACUCAGGAUGGGCCCCAUCCCAUCAACCCACUGAUUUGCUCCCUGGAGUGCCAGGACCUGGUACCACCAUCAGAGGACUGGGAGAGAUGCCAGCGCCUUUUGUCUCUUCUCGCCCCGUCUGCCUCCGGGCUCCGUGGCAAGGAUGACGUGGAGAACGAGGCUGCUUUGGAGGAAGGCUACAGUGCACUAUCCAAGCUCCUGGAGCCCCUCCUGAAGGAGCUGGAGAAAAGCCGAUUGCUCACCAGCGUCUCAGAGGAAAACCUCAGGGGUCUCUCUAGCAGGUUCCGGGAUGGCAAACAAUCUGAGCUGGUGGGUGCUGACCGGAUGAGCGACGGAGCCAUACAGGCUGACACACUCCAUUUCAACGAGGAGGACUUGAGGAAACCGGCCAAACGCUAUGGCGGCUUUUUGCGCAAAUACCCCAAGAGGAGCUCAGAGAUGGCCGGGGACGAGGACAGGGGCCAGGAUGGGGACCCGGUAGGGCAUGAGGACCUGUACAAACGCUAUGGGGGCUUCCUGCGGCGCAUUCGCCCCAAGCUGAAGUGGGACAACCAGAAGCGUUACGGCGGCUUCCUUCGGCGUCAGUUCAAGGUGAUGACUCGGUCCCAGGAGAACCCCAAUACCUACUCUGAAGAUCUAGAUGCUUGAUGCUUAACACUUCCUCACCAUGGAGUUGGGUCAGGAGUCUCCCCUACCCUCUUCCUAUACUAGAGCUCACGUUCCCCUCCUUGCGUGCUUGUCCCCCACUUACUCCAUCAGCACUCAUAUGAAAAGGCCCCAGCCCAGCCCAGCCCCGUUCUGCCAAUAGGCCCCGUGUCCGGCUCAAACCCUUAGACCUCUAAACUACCACUACUAGUGGUAGGGUUUUCACAUCAGCCCAACCACUCUGACCCUGUGGUGUCCCCCACCCCCAAAUCCAGAGAGACUUGCUCUUUCUACCUGUAGAUCUGUGACCCCCAAACUUCACUGAUCAUGUGCCCCUCUCAGAAGAAGGAUGAGCACCUCCCUGACAGUAUGCAUGCAUGAGAUAUACAGAGUGGAGCUUUAAAAUAAGAUAUUUGCAAAUGGAUAUCGUAACUGUAUUCUCAGCAUCAGGGGCUCUUUUUUAUGUGCCCUGCUCUGGAGGCCACAGGCUAAAUGAAAAGCCUUUUCGGGGGCAGGGAUUAUGACCCUAGAAAGACCAGCCUCUAGCACGAUACAUGGUCAGUCUGAGCAUCCAGAGUUCUCAGGGUCUCAAAUGUGUUUCUGGAAAAGCCCGGCUCCUAAGCCCUGGUUUAGGGUGGUGCCUUUCCUAAAGGAGUAAAAGCCCCUUGCUCAUGAUGAAAAGCCAUGAGCUUCUAAAGGCUGAAAUGAUAAGAGGGAGCAAAACAAACCAAUUUGUUCUGUACAACAAAUUCAGAAUUUGGGCCAGUUCCCACAGUCCUCAUUAAAAAUGAUCAGUAUCACACUUCUACCCCAUGAGGAACUGAAUCAGAGUGGAGCUGAGGAGGCUAAGCACAGCUGUGUUCGUCAGUAGUUGAGUUGGCUGCGGGAGCCUGAGCCAUUUGGCUGAGCCAUUUGGCCCAGUGUAUGCCCUGGCACUGGAAAAGGGGAUCCAGAAGCUGCAGCUGAAGGAAAGAUUGUCCCACCUCACACUACAGUGAGCCUCAUUCUCCAUGUCUCCAAACAAAAGCAGAGAGCGUUUACGAUAAACUGGAUUCCCUUGAUUCAGAUAAUUCAGAAUCAGAGGCAAGGUCCUCUCUGGUUUUAAAUCUCCCCAUCUCCAGGCAGAUAUUUAUAUUGAUAGGUUAGGGAGAUGAGGCUAGAUAGGAGAGAAAACAGACUGGAUUUGCAUAUUUGCAUAAGAUGUCUUGAGUGAUCCCUCUCCACAAAUAGGCCAUAGCCUGGAGAGCUCUUCAUGUGUUCUGAAAUCUGUAGAUUGUUUUAGGAUGACUUUGUGUGCUGCUUAAAAAUCACAUUUAUCCAACUUACUUGGAAUGUGUGAGUCCUUAAUAGACCUGUGUGAU